GCGAAUGCCGCGGGGGUGGGGGGCAAAAAAUGGGGAUUAGAUGGUACAUAGAAGAGGAUUACGAGAAAGUUUGAAGUUUUGAUUUUGUUUGUUUCUUCACAAUGGGCAAAACUUGGGAAUGAGGCUGACAGAUCCAGUAGGGUUUGAGAGGGAAAGGUACAGAGGCGUGAUAUUUAGGAGAAAAGCGGUGGAUCAGUUAUUCUUGGAAUAGGAGAGGGUCACCAUAUGCUUGAGGUCACAGGGAAAGAGAUGAAGAUGGAUGUGAUUGUGAAAAUUGGAGCCAGAGAGGAGGAGGGGUGGAGUUUCUAGGAGCUCAGGUUUAAUGACCUCAAUAUUUUAAUAAAGUGGAAGGUAGGGGUAGUUUUUAAGACUCAGGAGGCAGGGACAGAGUAGGGGUCUUGAAGAGAGUGGUAAAGGUUUGAAAUUGUCGUUGGGAUCAUGGGAGAGGGGAUGAAACACUAAUAAAAGUGUCGCCUUCAGGGCUGAGAGCCUGAAUAACACUGAAGGCCAUGACUUUGUAGCGGACAUAGCACAGUCAUGAUUUACUGAGUACCAUAUAACUGACACAAUACAGGACUGAAAAGAGCUAGGUGUAGCCUUGAGCCAAAGUUAAGGUUUUGUUGGACAAUGAUAACAGAAGAAGAGCAAUGUAAGGAAAUUACAAGUACCAGUGGAAACGCAGUUCAGAUGAUCAAGCAUGGGAUCCAGAGUGGGAAGGGAAGGAGAAGUCUGUUAGUCUAGGGGAACAUAGCAGGAUAAAGGGAUUGAGUGGGAGAGUGGUUUUGGUGGAAUUAAAGGGCCUGCGUUGUGGGAAUGAGGCAUGAGAAAGCUUGGAAGGACAGGAAAUUGAGCCAAAGACUGAACCACUAGUUCUGAGUGGCACAGUUCCAUCGUGUGCCCCGGGAACAGACAGCUUGGAGUAGAAGGCAUGGACAUUUGGGAUGGAGCUCCAGAAGUGCGAGGAAAAGUAGCCUCUGGGAGUGACAGUGCUGACAAAAAGCCUCAGGGUCCCAAAGGUGGUGGCAAUGCAGUAAAGGUCAGACACAUUCUGUGUGAAAAACAUGGAAAAAUCUUGGAAGCCAUGGAAAAGUUAAAGUCUGGAAUGAAAUUCAAUGAAGUGGCUGCACAAUAUAGUGAAGAUAAAGCCAGGCAAGGGGGCGACUUGGGUUGGAUGACCAGAGGGUCCAUGGUGGGACCAUUUCAAGAAGCGGCAUUCGCCUUGCCUAUAAGUGUGCUGGAUAAGCCUGUGUUUACAGACCCUCCAGUUAAGACAAAAUUUGGGUAUCAUAUUAUAAUGGUUGAAGGGAGAAAAUAAAAUUGUAUGAAAGACUGCA